AUGCAGAUCUUUGUUAAAACCCUCACCGGCAAGACCAUUACCCUUGAAGUCGAGUCAUCAGACACUAUCGACAACGUUAAGAGCAAGAUCCAGGACAAGGAGGGAAUUCCCCCAGACCAGCAGCGUCUCAUCUUUGCAGGCAAACAACUCGAAGAUGGUCGGACAUUAUCCGAUUACAAUAUCCAGAAGGAGUCCACCCUUCACUUGGUUCUUCGCCUGCGUGGAGGAAUGCAGAUUUUUGUCAAAACUUUGACCGGAAAGACUAUUACUCUUGAGGUUGAGUCUUCGGAUACGAUCGAUAACGUCAAGAGCAAAAUCCAAGACAAAGAGGGCAUUCCCCCAGAUCAACAACGUCUUAUCUUUGCCGGUAAGCAGCUUGAGGACGGCCGCACUCUUUCGGAUUACAAUAUUCAGAAAGAAUCAACCCUCCACCUUGUUCUCCGCCUCCGUGGUGGUAUGCAGAUCUUUGUCAAGACUCUCACUGGGAAGACCAUUACCUUGGAAGUCGAAUCAUCGGACACGAUCGAUAAUGUCAAGAGCAAGAUCCAAGAUAAAGAGGGCAUCCCACCGGACCAACAGCGUCUCAUUUUCGCUGGUAAGCAGCUUGAAGAUGGACGAACCCUCUCCGAUUACAACAUCCAGAAAGAAUCCACCUUACAUCUCGUCCUUCGCCUUCGUGGUGGUAUGCAGAUUUUUGUUAAAACACUUACUGGCAAGACUAUCACAUUAGAGGUCGAGUCCUCUGAUACCAUCGAUAAUGUGAAGUCGAAGAUCCAGGACAAAGAGGGAAUUCCGCCAGACCAGCAGCGCUUGAUCUUUGCCGGUAAGCAGCUUGAAGAUGGACGAACCCUCUCCGAUUACAACAUUCAAAAGGAAUCUACCCUUCAUUUGGUCCUCCGUCUCCGUGGUGGUAUGUAG